UGCCAGGAAUCGCCCGGGGAGGUGACAGGAAGGGGAGUUGGGAUCCCCCCGGUGGGGAAGCUGGCUUUUUCUGGCGCGAGGGCCCAUUCAGAGGGUAGAUAACUUCAGGGCUAAUCCUCGAAGAGGGGUCCUUUGGGGAGGGGGACCAUGCUAGACCAGGGGUAUCCCCUGGGGAGGGUGAUGUGUGGACAGCUCUGGAUGAGGUUUGGGGGAGCAGAUUUGGUGGGGGCAGGUUUUUUAAGGGGAUCAUCAGCUCAGGGCAGCCUGGGGUGGGUAGCCAUUUAGGAGACGUCGGAGGAAUUGGGGUGCUGUUUUUGUGGGUUGUGAUGGUCAGUCAGGGCUUUCUCCCCUGCCUGUCUUUUUAAAGCUUUUCUGAGGUGGCUGUUCAGGCGGGUAUUUUUGUGCCUGGCAUAGAGAUUUGGAGCGGCACUAGGUUUAUUUUCUUAUUCGGAGUGGUGUACAAUUUUGCUUUUGGUGCGGUAGGCUUUUCGGAUUUGAGUCUCCCCCCAAUUUUUUUUUAAACUCCCUCUCUUCUUUGAAGAACUACAGAAGAGACCUGUAUGCCUGCUGCCUUCUACUACAAUUUCUUUCUUUCUUUUUUUUUUCCUUUUUUUUUUUUGUGGCUUGGCUUCAUUCCUGGAGGAGUUAUUUUUUCCACAUAUAAAUCCGCCUAUUGAUUUCCUAAAAGGAAAACAAAUAAAAAGAAUCCCAUAAACGCACACCGAACCUGCCUCUGGGAGGGAAAUAACCAGGUGAAAACGCACUCUGUUUCCAUGGACAACCCGUCCAUUAUCACCCAGGUGACUAACCCCAAAGAGGAAGAAAUCCUGUCUUGCUCUCAGGAUAAAGUGUCCCAAUGUAAUCUCAGUUUGAAGAAGCAGAGGAGUCGAAGCAUCUUUAGCACUUUAUUCUGCUGCUUUCGUGACUACAAUGUUGAGCCACCAUCUCCCAACAGCACCGGUGUCCUUCCUCCAUUGGUGGAAGAGAAUGGCGGACUUCAGAAGGGUGACCAGACGCAGGUCAUUCCCAUUCCAAGUCCCCCAGCUAAAUACCUCUUGCCAGAAAUGACAAUAUCUGAUUAUGGGAAGAAAUGUGUGGUCAUUGAUCUAGAUGAAACACUAGUGCACAGUUCCUUCAAGCCAAUUGGCAAUGCUGAUUUCAUUGUCCCAGUUGAAAUUGAUGGAACGAUACACCAGGUCUAUGUAUUAAAACGGCCGCACGUGGAUGAGUUCCUCCAGAGGAUGGGAGAGCUCUUUGAAUGUGUGCUCUUCACAGCCAGUCUAGCAAAGUAUGCAGACCCAGUGGCGGACUUGCUGGAUCGCUGGGGGGUUUUCAGGGCUCGACUCUUCAGAGAAUCCUGCGUUUUUCACAGAGGAAAUUACGUGAAAGAUCUCAGCCGACUCGGGCGAGAGUUGAGCAAAAUAAUUAUAGUGGAUAACUCCCCUGCAUCUUACAUUUUCCACCCUGAAAAUGCAGUACCCGUGCAGUCCUGGUUCGAUGACAUGACAGACACGGAAUUGCGAGACCUUAUUCCUUUCUUUGAAGGACUAAGCAAAGAGGAGGAAGUCUACAGUAUGCUUCACAAACUGUGCAACAGGUAGCCCUCCCAGGUAGCCCCGAGUCACUGCCUGAGUGCAGCCUCUCCCAAGACAUCCAGUCGGACGCGGCACCCCAAAGAGGCGCAUGAGCAACCGCGCACUCGCUCUUCCUCUUCGAGUGAGUGCCGCACACAAAAGGACAAUCGUGAACUGAUAACGCUACUCAAUCAUGGGAAUGCAGAUGCCGAAAGGUGAUAAGACUACUUUUUUUAAAAAGAAAAAGAAAAUUUAAAAGAAGCUAUUUUGAAUGGGACUGUUUUAAUGAAUUUCAUAAAUGGACACAUUUUACAGAACCUGCUUUUUUCUUAAAACAUGCCAAAAAAAAUCAAAAGCUUGAUGUUGUUUCAGCAAGUUGACUUAACCCCUUCCCUGCCCAAGCCAUCCCACUAUGCAGAUCAUUUCUCCCACGCCAUCCCGCUUAUAGAGCAGUUGAUCUGACUCUAACCUUUCUUUCUUCCAUGAUGAAGUGCCUUUUUGAAUGUUGUUUUGAGAUUUUAAAAAAAUCAUUUUUGUAUAAGCCGUAUUUCCAGACAUCUUUUAGUCUUGUAUUGUUUAAAUGCUUUAAGAAGAAAAGGUUGGAAAUCUUUUAUAGAGCACUGUAAUAUAUGGAAACAAAGGAGGCGGUUCAAAGAGGUUCUGUCUCUGGGAUGAUGAGUUGUAUCAGCUUCGGUUGUGUCCCAUUUGAAAGGUUCAAGAGGACAGUUGCAGGAAUCCAAGUCAGCCUGGUUACACAAAGGUUGGUGGCACCAUUGUCUUACUCGCGGGUCAUGGUUCGCACACAGAUUAAGAUAAUCAAUCUGCGUUUCUGAUGGAACGCCGCAAAAUGGAACGGGACACGCACACCGUGACACGUGGUUCCUUCGCGCCUUCGGGAGGGGGUCUUUUUUCUGUCUGCAAACGCACAACUGCCAGGUGUUUCGGACAAUGUCACUCGUGACAUCCUGAAAAAAGCAUGGUGGCAAAGGGUUAAUUUUUGAAGCUUGAAUUCUUUCCUGACGGAGGCCUCAGUCACCCUGUUUGCAAGAUCUGAGCCCCAAGCCCGAACAGAACAAGCGAGAAGGCAGCACACGAGCGCAGCUUGUCGGUCCCCGGAGACGGCUCCCGUUCUUGCUGUGCCUGUGUGUUUCGUUCUUGACUGCCCGCUGCUGAAGGUUCACCAAAGCGAGCUGAACCCUGGCUGUUAUACUGUUCCUGGCCGCUGUGCCUGUGCUUCUAAAGCUCUCAUUACAAAACGCAAGAUACGGGCCACCAAGUGCUUGCCCCUUUUUGUAUCAACCCGACACCCAUCAAAUAUAUUGGCUGGCUUACUCAAACCCAGACAUUUUUAUCUCAAUUGGGGUAGUGCCCCCCUGUUCUCAGUGCUUCAUUGUUGAGGGUUGAAGACCCUCUUCUUGCUUUGAAGCUUCUUUCUAUACAACUAUUCAGGCCCUGAUUUUAUGCUUCCCAUGGCGAAACGUUGUUCUAGCAUCCCUCAGAUUAGACCUCGAGUUGUUGCUUCUUAGCUGAAACUCUGGAAUGAUUAGAACAGAUGUCUUGGAAGUUCCUCGUAGUUUUGUCCAAGUUUCUGAAAUAAUUUUCCAUUACUUGGGCUGUCAUUUAUCUCAUAUGCCCAUCCGCAGCCUCUGAAUUUGUUCAGGGUAAAGAAAAAAUAACUGUUUGUCCUUGGAGAAAGAAUUUCUGAUAUCAAAAAUGUCUUAACUUCCAUAACCUUUUUGAACUACUUGAAGCUAAAAGAGGGUUCACCCAGCAGCACAAUCCUUUUCUGAUGAUAUUCAUCUCUCUUCUCCUUCCUUCUCGCCCUCCUUUUCUGUACCCAAGGCCAGCUCCCCCCCCCCCCCCCCCUUUUCACCACCUGAACUCCAUAGUUGCUCCAAUUAGCCAUACAAGACAGGCUUUGUCCAAAAAGGUUUGGUGCUUUAGCCCAGCAAAUCAUCAAAUGCUGAAAUGGCUUGUUGUCGCUACUUGCCUUUUACCUGGUUUUGGCCAGUAGUAGCCUCAAGGAGCUGAGACAGAGAGAUUGUUCUCAGCUUCAAACACUGAAGAGCAGCUGAACUGAACCCAUUCAUUCACAAGAGAAGCAGGCCAGCUUCUGCAGACAACGAAUCAGUCAGCCUUCCCCAACCUGGCACCUUGCAGAUGCCUUCGACUGCCAGUUCCCAUCACAGCUGAGAAUUAUAGGAGCUGGCAGUCCAUCAUGUCUGAUGGUCAUCAGGUCGAGGGCGACUGAAAUAGGAUAUCACAGGCACAGUAGAAGACAGACCUUUCACCCCAUAAUAUAAUUUCACGCAGUGUUUGCAGAUCGCUUGCAGUGUAGUAUAAAGCAGUCAAGUCCCAUGUGGCGCAAACGAUUAGCCAUCCAUAUGCCAUCGACACCUUGUUCGCCCACCGGAAGCUCCUACCUUAUUACUGUAUGUUUCAUUUGCCAGGAACCUGGCGGUGCAGAAAUGCCAACAACUAGGGUGGUGGUUUUUUUUCCUUUUUAGUUGUUUAAAGUAUGGAUUCUGGUCAGUCCAUUAAGCUUACCUUCAAUCAAAGUGUUCUUUAAUUUUGUUUUUGAACUCAGACUAAUGAAACGGUUGUACUGCCAAAGCAUGUUCUCUGAGCAGUAUUUUUCCACUGUAUUUCUGGCCUUCUGAGCCUCAAAUACAGUCUGCAGGGAAAAGUAUUCAGGUUGUAGUAAGGUCAAGUAUGAUGGGAACGGUUGAAAUUAAGGAGGAGAAAACCACUGGUGGUUCUUUUAGCUUGUAUUAAACUUCUGAUCUCCUCAGCUGCCUGUUUCCAUCAUCUUGCCCUUUCUAGUGCGAAAUGACCUUCUGACAGUUUUAUGCGCUCUUGUUUGUACAUAAUGCAGACCAUUUUCAUUCAAUGUUCACUUUUUUAUAAAAAUCAGUGAUUUUAUCUCUAACCAGUUGCCUUAAAUGUCUGUGAAUGAAUGUUGAUCAUUAAAGUGUCUUGUAACUUGUGAAAGCCCACAUCCAAUGGACAAUGGAACUUCUGUUUUUGGUUUCUUCCCACUGGAAUCCUACCCCAUUCUGAUGAAUUCUGUGAUACUGAAUCUGCCAAGUCCUUGAAAAACUAAGCUCUCUUUGCCACUAGGUUCUGUUCCUGGAAGAAGGACCUUAACAGGAGCAAAUAAAGUUGUUUGACUGGUAGUAGUUCAGACCCAUUGCCCAGCAUUGCAGAAGCUGAUACAGGUUUAAGAGCCCAUGAAAAGAAUUCUUCCAAGGCCCACUUAUGCAUGACAUGAAAUCGCUGGUUGGCUGUAGCUAAACCGUGGAAUAAGACGGGGGUACCUUGGCCUUUCCUUCUCUGCAAUGUGUCGUGAGCCUGGACGAGUUCAUUGCCGCCUGCAGGAGCUGUCUUCAUUUCUGUACAGUCCUGUGGACCCCGGUGAUAGCUCAUCGCACCGUGUGUGUUUGAGCUUAGCCAAAACUCCAUGGUCCGUUGCAAGAGUGUUUUCCAGACAGAGGGCUGCCAGCGCUGCCGAUCCAAGGCAUUGCCCACUUCUUUCUUCUUUGUCCUCCUUCAUCCAUGUUAAGACAAAAAGGAUGGAGAAGAGGGUGCAGAAACCCAGGAAGGGUGCAGAUGGAAGAUAGCAUCCUCUAGAAACACGCAGACACGCACACACAUGGGCAGUUUCAGGGUAAAAGCUGCAUCCAACUGCACACCUGCUUGGUAGAAGUAGCGCUGACAACUUUCAUGAUUUUCUGCAUGAAGAGUAUCACAGGCUUCACUGAAUAUUUUCGGAUUCUAAGCAGGAACAGGAUUAGUGAUCUGCAUAUAUUGCAAGCACUAAAAUUCCAGCCCUGGACAUCUGUUCUAGUUGAUGUGUCUUGCUAUUUUAUGAGCUCUUACUACGCAUCUAGUUUAACAAAGCAGGAAACGUGUUUUUAUGAAGCCAUGAGGGUGAAAAAUAAUACUUCUAAAAAUGGGCAUGUGGUUUUAUAUGGUGGCAAGUUGGAUCUUAUGUCUGGUUUUUCCAUGUGCAGAUAAAAUAAAACAAGGAAAAAUGGUGAUCCAGACACUGAAACUUGAUUUCAUUAGCAACUAGCAUGUUGCCUAACCUGAAGUUCUGUUGUCGGUUGUAUGCUGGGUUUCAGGGGUGGGUGGGUGGACUUAAAAGGACAUGAACCAGCUCACAGGUGCAGCACCUGUGCAUGGAGGAUUCCCUUACACUCGGCAGACCUCUGUUUCCCUUCUCUGCAUGCACGUCUACUGCCAGCGCAAAGGGAAUGAGGUGGCUCACAUUUAGCUCCUGGGUCCCUGUCUAGCUUUUCCUCUCACUUAAUAAAGUUACUUAUGCUUUGCACCAUGAGUAAUUUGCACUGAGCAGAGGGGGGAGACUGGAUGGGAUUUUGCGUGGCCUUCAUGCGAAAAGGCAGCAGGAGGAAGGAGACAAAGGCUUGCUAAGCCUACGGGAAUUUCUGUUGCGCUGAAGCGCAGUGGCUUAAAUUGUGCCCAAUAUAGUUUAUAUGACUAGGUAUUAAGUUUUAACCCACGCUGCGAAGCAGAACGCCUUGGAUACAUGAAAAACAUCUUACAGAUAUAAUUAUGGUCAAACUGGCAAACUCUGGCUGUGCCCAGAAUAUAUUUUGUCAAAAUGAAAAAAGAGAAAAAGUGCAGGUUUUUGGAUGGUUGAUUGUCAGCAAGGAUGUAAUUGCUAGAGUUAUUUUGGAUAACCCAGACAGUUCUGCUUCCUCUGUUUCCUUCUUACUGUAUUUUUUUAAAAAAGAGCAAAGAUUUUUCAUUGCUGAACCUCUCCAUCUUGAAGAGUUUCAAACUUUAGUGUAUACAAUCCUAUGUCAUUGCAUUAUUUAUGAUUAAGGAUGAUUUGGGGAACAAUCGCAUCUCAAAGACCCUGGCUUUGUAUUGGGGAGUUGCAAUUUGGAAAUGUCAGUGUAAAAAUCUGUAGUCUUUAUAUUUUCCAGCACAUAAAAAUACUCUAUAGAACUGGUUUGUUAAAAAAAAUCAAUAAUAAAACACAAAACUGCACA